GGUUUGAAUUCAUUGCAGGAGAAGCGAAGCGCGAAGACGCAGCUCUCUGCCUGAGUUCCUGAAUUAAAUCAGACAGAGAAUUCGCAAGAAGACGAAGAAUUGCUGAAGAUCUACAUCUGCAGAGGUUACUAUGGCAACAGUGGGCAUCCACCCCGAGAACGUCAGUGUGGGCGAGGAAGGCAAGACUGCAAGGAAACCUACAACAUGUGAGGAGUGCAGCAGGCAGUUUGCAUAUCCUUCUGCUCUGGAGAUCCAUAUGCGCACUCACACAGGAGAGAAGCCCUAUAUGUGUGGAGAGUGCAGCAAACGGUUCAGUCAACUGAAUGUUCUAAAGACCCACAUGCGCACUCAUACAGGGGAGACGCCCUUUAUGUGUGGAGAGUGCAGCAAGCGGUUCAGUCAGCUAGGAAGUCUGAAGAGACACAUGCGUGUCCACACGGGGGAGAAACCCUAUAACUGCGAUGUGUGCAGCAAGCAGUUCAAACAUCAGCCGGAAUUGAAGGCCCACAUGUAUAAGCACACAGGUGAAACGCCAUUCACGUGUGAGGAGUGCAGCAAAAAGUUUGGAGAUUCUCGUGAUUUGCAGAGACACAUGCGUACCCACACAGGCGAGAAACCCUUCAUGUGUGGGGAGUGCGGCAAGCAGUUCAGACAGAUGGGUCAUCUCAAGAAACACAUGCGGACACACACAGGGGAGAAACCCUAUAAAUGCGAGGAGUGCAGCGAGCAGUUUAGUCGGCUGGACAGUAUGAAGAGACACGCAUUGAUGAAGCACACAGGAGAAAACCCUUUCACGUGUGAGAAGUGCAGCAGGCAGUUUGUUAGCACGUGGGGUUUAGAGCAACACAUGCGAACUCACACGGGAGAAAAACCCUACAAGUGUGAAGAGUGCAGCAGACAAUUCAGCAGGUUGGACAGUCUAAAGGAACACAUGCGCACUCACACAGGGGAGAAGUCGUACAGUUGUGAAGAGUGCAACAGGCAGUUUGUGAAUCUGCGUAUUCUGAAGAUCCACAUACGCACCCACACAGAAGCCCUACAAAUGCGAGGAGUGCAACAAGGCGUUCAGUCAGUCGGGAAAUUUAAAGGCACACCUCCGCACUCACACAGGAGAGAAACCCUACAGGUGCAAGGAGUGCGAUAA